UGGUAGAAUUAUCCGGCGGAGAAGCGGAGCGGAAGCUGUCAAACCGGGCAUAUUCGCUAAGGAUGCCGGCGACGGCGGGCGGGGCCUGCCAGCAUCAUCAUCACCGCUAUCAUCAUCCUCACACGCAGCUGCUGAUGUUGAGCAGCACUGGAGCGAUAGCGGGGCAGCCAUGAGCUGCAGUUUGACUGGCGUAGGCCUUGCCGCUUCGGGGGUAUUCAUACCGAGGUAAAAGAGAUUAUUGCAAUUGAUGACGCUGAACAUCCGACGGGCUGAAGGACGCAGCAGCUUCUCCGCCUCAUGGUCAUCAGGCCAGUAGAAUAAUGGGAAGGAGGAAGGACUGGAAGCCUUGGAGGACCUUACAUUCCAUCUAUGAGGUGAUGGACUUUUCCAAAUGAAUGUAUCAGAGAAGGAGCUGAUUUGAUGCCAUGGCCAAGAAGGGACGUCCCAAGGGCGAGAGGCCCGAAGCUCUUAUUUCCUCCCUGCAGGCAGCUAAUGAAGAACUCAGGUCCAAACUCACUGAAAUUCAGAUAGAAUUGCAUCAAGAGAAAUGCAAGGUGAGCAAGCUGGAGCGGGAGAAGUCGCAGGACGUCAAGCGGAUCCGAGAGCAGGAGCAGCGCCGCCACACGGUGGCGCUGACGGAGCAGCGGGCCCGCUGGCACGAGGAGAAGCAGAAGGAGCUGCAGGCCUUGCGGGAGACGCUGACGCGCCAACAUGAGCAGGAGGUCGCCCGUAUUAUCAAGAUCCGCGAUGCCGAGAACCAGCGGCUGAAGACUGCUCUGAGUGCCCUGCGCGACGGCAGCGGGGAGAAGGUACGGACGGCCCUCACGCUAGAGGCCCGGGAGGACGCCCGCCGAUUUUUUGACCAGGAGCGCGUAAGGCUGCUUCAGGAGAUCACCGAGCUCAAGACCUCCAAGAAGCAGGCGGACCAAGCGUUGAGUGACAUCAUCCAGGCUGACAAGAUGAAGGCUGGGGACUUGCGCAGUGAGCACCAGCUGCACCAGGAGGAGCUCUCCAAGAUCAAGUGGGACUGCGAGCGUAACGUCCGGAGACUGGUAGACGAGAUCAAAGCAAAGGAUCGCAGUAUAUUCUCCCUGGAGAGGGAGCUGGAGACGGCGAUGGGCUCCGUGCAGAAGCUGCAGCUGCAGAAAGACGCCCUGGAUGAGCAGCUGUUCCUGGCCAAGGAGGCCGAGUGCAACCUGAGCAGCCCUAAGCGGGAGAUCCCAGGCCGCAUGGGAGAUGGCGCUGAGCAGUGCGGGAGUCCGGAUUCGCGCAGGAACCAGAGGCGUCUGGCAGGGCUGAACUCCACCAUUCGCCGACUGGAGGACCGCAACGCUCUGUUGGUGGAAGAGAGGAACGAGCUGCUGAAACGUGUUCGAGAGACGGAGAAACAGAUCAAGCCCCUGUUGGAGAAGAACAGGCUGCUGGGUAAGAGGAACGAUGACUUGACCCAGUCUCUCCAGCGACAGGAGGAGAAGAUCCGCUCGCUGGCCAAGGAGAACAUGGAGAUGAAAGAAAAGAUCAGCUCUCACCCUCCUCUGAAGAAGCCAAAGUCUUUGAAUGAUCUGGACCAGGUUCAUGUCGAGCAGGAGAUUGAGUUCCUGAAGCUGCAAGUUCUGGAACAGCAGAACAUUAUAGAUGAUCUGACCAGGGAUAGGGAAAGACUCCGCAGAAAGCGACAGAAACGCAGCUCCAGGCCUUUGAAGAGGCAUACGGUGGUGGACACCUUCUUCGGCUAUGAUGAGGAAUCGAUGGAUUCUGAAACCUCGUCGCUGGCCUCCUUCCGAACAGACAGGACCCCCGCCACUCCUGAUGAAGACCUAGAAGAAGGGCUACCCUCUGAGGACACGGAGCUGCGUUUCCGACAGCUGACACAGGAGUACCAGGCAUUGCAGCGAGCAUAUGCCCUUCUGCAGGAGCAGAAAGGAGGCGUGGUGGAUGCUGAAAAGCAAGCUAAGGCUCACGAGCAGGUCCAAGCUGAUCUCCUGAUGUUCAAGGCCAAAGCUGAGGACCUUGAAAAGGAGCUCACCUUGAAAGGACAGGACUCAAAGUGGGUGGAAGACAAGCAGUUGUUCCUCAGAAGAAACCAGGAUCUUGUUGAUAAGGUAGAAAAGCUUGAAGCGGAUGUUAAUCAACUUCAGAAGGAGUUACAGGACACCAGGGAUCAGGGCGAGCUGAUGGAGUUCAGGAUUCUGGAGCUGGAGGAGCGGGAGAGAAGGUCACCUCCAUUUAACCUCCAGAUUCACCCCUUCAGAGAGGGGGUCAGCGCUCUGCAGAUAUACUGCAUGAAGGAAGGAGUGAAGGACGUCUGUAUUCCAGAUCUAAUCAAGCUGCUGGAUAUUCUUGGCGAUAACGGGAAUUUGCGAAACGAUGAGCAGGUGGCCAUAAUCCAAGCCAGCACUGUGCUCUCUCUGGCUGAGAAGUGGAUCCAGCAGAUCGAGGGCACAGAGGCGGCUCUCCAUCAGAAGAUGGUGGAUCUGGAGGUAGAGAUGGAAAUGUUCCGCAAGCAGAAAGGCUACCUGGAGGAGGAACUCGACUACAGGAAGCAGGCCUUAGACCAAGCCUACACGCAAAUCCAGGAGCUGGAGGCGACGCUGUACAACGCGCUGCAGCAGGAGCCCGCGGUGCUGUACGGGGAAGCACUUAAUGACCGGCAGCGCGACGAGCUGCAGGCCGCCGUGGGCAAACUGCGACGGCAGAUGCUGCGCAAGAGCCGCGAGUAUGACUGCCAGGUGCUGCAGGAGCGCAUGGAGAUGCUGCUGCAGGCCCAGCAGAGAAUCCGAGAUCUGGAGGACAAGACCGAUAUUCAGAACAGACAAAUCAAGGACUUGGAGGAGAAGGCCCUCUGGCAGCGCGAGGACACUGUACACAGCAGCAUUAGUCUUAAACCAUAUGUUCACCCUGGCCUUGUUUACAGCUUUUACACGUAUGUAGCAAGAGCUACUCCUGCCGGAUGAAGAUAAGCCAUUUGCUGGACCAUGACCGGAGAUUCUGCACGUUUCCUUGUAAACCCACAAGUAACACUUAUAAGCUGCAGUAUUAACUAGUGAUGGGAACUUCUGACUUUUAUGGGACAAGAUGUGACAUAAAAAAUGAACCCCCAUCUCAGAUAUCAAGCAAACCAAAGAUGGGAAACCUGUUUCUCUGCCAUGCAGGGGGAAGCUGAACGAUAUUAUUGUCUCGAGGUCAGCUGUGUUUGGGGAGGCGCCCUCUGGCUGUUGGAGGGUUAACUGCGGGCACCCCUGUCCCCACCGUAAAACCUCUUUGAAAACCCGCGCGCCUGAUAUCUCAACGCACUGUGACGGAACAUAAAGAGGAUCACGUCUUUCUGCAAGUAUUCAGCAGAUCUGAAGGUGGGGUGGCAAACGCAGCAGAUCAGUGAUCACUGCUGCUUAAUCCUUUUUAAAAGAUUUUUUUUGCUAGUUAUUUUUUGCUAGGUUCUUUAUUUUAAAAAAUAUAUGGAAAAGACGCCUUUGUCUUCACAUUCCGAGAUAUCGGCUUGUGUACGCAAACAUACACUAUGCAGCUGAAAGCGUGUGUUCACAAUCACCUACUGUUUUCCUGCGCGGACAACUGGACCAAUCGAUCUCAAACGCAAGUUCCAAACUGGAAUCGAUUUGUCUCUCCCCCAUCCCUUUCACUCGAGAAAUUAUCUCCUGUCUGACAGACUUGAGGUCAAAUGCACUGGUAUUCAUAUGCACCUGGAAAUGCGGUGUUUAGCGAUAGUUCACUUUGAACUGAAUGUAAUUGUGUCGCAUUAAAGAGCAUGUAUCCUGCAAACAUACAGGUAAGCAAUGCUGAAUUUUGCAGCAACAGACUCAGAACUGCCUUAUUGCAUUUACUGGUAAUGGAUUACGUAAAGCACUGGAUGUGAUUAUUACGUAAAGCACUGGAUGUGAUUAUUACGUAAAGCACUGGAUGUGAUUAUUAUUUUGUGCUGUACUUAUGUGAACCUUAUACAUACAAAUUAUUUUCCUCAAAGAAUUUAAAAACGUGUAUGUUGGAUAAAAUUGAACACUUGGGUGUGAAAGACAAUCUAUUUUCUAAUUUUAAUUAUCACACUGUAAUUCACGUUCAGUUUAUCGUCUCAGUACAGCUUUUUGUUGCCUAGCGCAGUAUUUCCCAGUCCGGUCCUCAUGGACCGUCUGUGGGUUCCCAAGGACUGGUUUGAGAAUCACUGGCCGGGGGCAGAGGGAGAUGGUUCUGUGUUCGCAUUGGCGAUGGCUUGGGAAAGUAUAUACAUGUUUGUAGCAUACAGCAUAAAAAUGCAGUUUAAAAAGUCUUGUUAAAUUCCUUAAUUCUGAGAGAAUGUGAAGGGCACAUGAACACUGCAUUUGUAUGCUAAAUCUGAAUAUGAUCAAACUAUUUAAUGAAUGUACAGAAUUUAUUUGUAUGCAUUUGACCCCAGGUCUGAUUCCCUGUCUGUAUCUAUAUGCCUGAUGGAUCAUGGAGUGUUUGCUAGUUUGUAAAUACCUGCCACGUUUGCAUUUUGGUGGAUUACGAUGAGAGCACUUCAGUUUUUUUCUUAAAUGUCUUUCUCUGCAGUUGGGAAUAGUUCUUUGUUAGAUGCCGUCACAGACAGUGUCUGUAAGAAAUACCUGCGAAUGCGUUAUUGUUCCUAAUUAUUGCCAAGCUGUGGUCCUGCUUGAAAAAUAUGUGAAUAAGAAAAUUAUUCAUGAAUAAAUGGUCAGUCAACAAAUGAAGGACACAUUAAAUGGGAUGCACAUAGCACUCAAUUCUGACUGAUUUCCAAGGAUAUAUCUAUUAUAAACUGCCUUAAAUUCACAGAUCUCCUUUGACAGUUUUAUUUAACGUAAUGUUUUGGUAUUCACUUUUACACGUCUAUUCUUUGUCCAUUUAUUUUUACUUUACUGUUAUAUUCUUUGUAAUAUAUGCAGCAAAAAUGAACUAAAUUAAAUAUUCAUGGCCUUCAAACGUUUGCACCUUUACGUUGUUAUGCUGCUUGACUGUAAGAUGCUUUACAAACUGACUCUGAGGAACCAAUAUCGGUCACUUCUGUUAUUUUGCAUAAACAGAUCUUAAAUCAUAGGUCAUAAACACUGUAUACCGUCACAAAUAAAAAGGGGAUGAUCAAUAUAA